AUGCUGGCAUUCACUCCUAUCACGCGCCAGCCUGUGGAUCCAGUUCCACAGCCCUCGAAGCCGAUUCGGGUCGCCGUCGUCGGCGACGUUGGCGUCGGCAAAACUACGCUUUUGCAGUGUUUUGUCAACGGAACGGAUCCUACGCGCAGGGAAGGCCUGGGUGUCGAGGCGGGUCCCACGAUCGGCGUAGACUAUCUGAGGAAGACUAUUCGAAUAAAGAACGAGAAUGUCUGUCUCCAUUUCUGGAACCUCUCCGGCGACGCAGUUUUCGGUGAAAUGAGAAAAGAAUUCUACAAGGAGUCAGACGCAGUUGUGCUUGUCUUUGACGUCACUUCGCGAGCUUCGUACAAGAAUCUCUCUUCAUGGCUGUCAGUUCUUCAGCCGCUCCUCGACGACCAUCGCUUCAGCCUUUUCCUGUGUGGGAACAAGGCGGAGUCCGCAAGCCGCGUUGUAGAGGAAAGCGAAGGACGCCUCUGGGCGUUGAAGAACGGACUUCCGUAUUUCGAGGUAUCCAGCACGACAGGCCAGGGAGUCGACACUCUCUUCGAGAACCUCGUUCUCUCAAUGCACCUGCUGUCUUCGUGA